GGCGCGCGAAGAGCGGAGCGUGAACCGCGGGAGUCGAGGAAGCGUAGCUGGAGGGGAUGCUUCCUCCCGAGGAACUUUCCUCGACUUCGCCUGGGUUUCUUUCGCAGGGAGAGUGAAACGGGACCGCCGUCUCUCGUGGCACGCGAGGCGCUUGUCUCGGGGGACAAAGUGCAAGAGAGAAAAGGGUGACGGGGCUGAGGCUUCCUUCAGUGCCCUUCUGCGUGUCGUGACCUUCCCCUUCCUUGAUUUUUAAUUUGGUACAGAGAAGAAGCUGCUGGCUUAGACACCCGGCUGUGGAGCCAGAGGCUGGGCGUUGGGAUCCCCCUCCGUGCCUCCCGGGAGACGCCCCAGCCGGUGUGGCCUUGGGGCAAGCUGCACAGACCCAGGGGUGCCCCCGGAAGAAGGGAGUGGGAAACCCCUUCUGAGUAGUCUUGGCCCAGAGAGCCCUGAAAACGGUCGCCUUAACUUGGGGGGCAUGCAAUUAUUAUUGCAGAGAAGGAAGGGAGUUGCUUGCUAGCGACGGGAAAGGCACUUUGUGCACCUUCAGGGGUCUCGUACUCUGUUCUAGCUCUGAGCUGACCGGGCACCCGAGCAGGGAUCGUCUCCACUCGCUUUUGCCAUCUCCAUGGCCGCAAUUUACUCUGGCAUUCACCUGAAGCUGAAGAGCCUAAAGACAUCUUGGGAAGACAAGAUCAAGUUGGCUCAGUUUGCAUGGAUUUCUCAUCAGUGUUUCGUUCCCAACAAGGAGCAAGUCUUACUGGAUUGGGUGAGUCAUACCCUGGUUUCCUACUACAACAAGAAGCUGGAAUUGCCAGAUGAAAUUGUUGAAAAGCUUUGGAUGUUUCUGGAUAGUAUCCUGCAUAGCAGAAAACUGCAAAGGUUUUUGAAGGAUGGAAAAACGAUCACCCUUCGUUUUUCAAUUGCACAGGUCAUAAAUGAAAGGCUUUCCACUUCAUAUACUCAAAAAACACAGAAGAACCUCAGUACAUUUCUUAGCUGUUGUCAUGGCAUCCUUUCUGUGGCCCCUCUUUCUACAGUUUAUUCUGCCAAAUUUGAGCUGCUGGUGGAUCUCCUAAGUAAGUUGUCCUGGCUAGCAUGUGGGCAGUUGUCAUCAGAAGACACUGUGUCAUCCCAGUUGUUCGAAGUCCUCCAGGUGACGUUAGAGCAGUACCUCCUUAUUCAGAGGCAGCAAGCCAAUGCAAAUCGCGUCUUUGGACAAGUGACCAAACAUCUGCUUCAACCAAGCUUGCUCCUAAGACAUUUGCUUACCACUGGAGGGCCAGCAAGGAAGGAUGAUGAUAGCCGAAUGCAUCAACAUUUGAACAGAGAAAUUCGAAACCUUAUUGAGAACUUGCUAAAGGCCUCCGUUUUUCAGCCAGAGCUCUUGCCAUCCUACAGAGAAGAGCUGUUACAGGAGAAGGAGUCCCACAACCUAAAGAAAAGUGGCCUGAAAAGUCUACUUUUGCCAGCCAGCACAGUCCAGACAGCAUUGAGGGAUGCUGAUUUUUCUCAGGGGGCUUCUCAUGGGAAGGUGGUUGCAAAUUCAGUACCUCUGCUCUUUAAGCUGUUUUUAGAGUCUUACAGCAAAGCUGAGGACCACCUUGUCUGCUUUCAUAUGCUCACCAAACUUUUCCAGUGCCUGAGGAUCUCUCACCUGCAAGGGGAUCUUUGUAGCAAUCCUGUUUCUUCAUUGGAAUGGAGCUCAGAGCUCCUUGCACUGGAGCAGCUUCUUAACUUGGUGCUAAGCAGCGGGAUCUAUAACAUUGCUGCUGAUAGGAUUCGGCACAAGGAGAUCCAGUUUCGCUUUUACCGGCAGCUGGCACAGAUGUUAGUGAAUUACUCACAGGCUACCAUACCUGCCUGGUUCAGGUGCCUCAAGGCCUUGAUCUCAUUAAAUCAUUUGAUUGUGGAGCCUGAUCUGGACGAUGUCGUGGCGUCGGCUUGGAUCGACGCAGAGAUCAGUGAGCAACGUGUGAAAAAGGCCCAGGAGGCUCUCAUUGGUACAAUCUUCCAGACUUACACUAAGUUACGUCAGUUCCAAAAGCUCUUUGAAGAAGUUCUGUCUGUUGUUUUACGUCCUGCUGCGGAAGAGUUAAGACUCCCGAUUCUGCCUGCCGGCAUCAAGGCCAAACUCUCUGAGUGCCUGUUGAAUCUGCCACCCAAUCAGAUCUUGGAUAUUGCAUCUCUCAUACUGGAGAAAUGUCAAACUGUCAUUAUUCCUGACAUCAGAGGUGAUGCUGACAUGGCUUCGAAGCUUCAGUCAAUGGGCACAUUGCUCCAUGUUGUUCUCUUCUAUAUGAGAAGCUUAGAUGAUUCCACCCCCUUAUCUGUUGUACGUCGGGCUCAAAGUCUCCUGGAAACAAUGCAGAGAGAUGUCAUCCAAGCUUUGUUCAACCUGCUGAAUAGUGGCCAGAUAGAAGAAACAGAGCUGGAAUUUUGGGCAGAGAAAGUUGGGGACUCUGCCCUUCUCCUUGCUUGUACUUGGAUAGCAACAGAUGCACUAUUCUGUUUAAACUGCAAGCAGUAUAUAUCUCCUCUUGCAAAAACAGCUUUAGCUCUUUCUGAUUCCACUAUAGACCUCUGGGACUUCUCAGCAGUUCUCCCUGGCUUGGAUGCACAGUCCUGGGAAAAGAUAAUUAAACGUCUGAGAUAUUCUUGUUCCACGAGUAGAUAUUGCACAGAAUGGCUGGUUCUUCAAAAAAUGAAGAAGAUGUUGAUGAUGCAUGCCAGCUCUUGUACAGAGGCAUCACACCAAACUUUGCAGCAUGCUGGAACUUUCAUUGUUCAUUCUGGAAGGUCGUGUUUGAAUAGAGAAGAGCUUGAACCCUGGGAUGGCAAUGUAGGCACCAUAAGUAGUAGCAUGUAUGCAACUGCACAUUGGCACCUGAUAGUUUCAAAUCUUCCAAUUCUGUUUCCUUAUCUUUCUUGGAAGGAUACUCUAUACAUUGCAGAAGUGCUCCUGAAGACACUGUUGGAGAACCAAAUGCAGACAUUUCUUGGUGAGGAUGAUGGUUCCUUAAUCACCAUUGGGAAGGUGUCUAAAGAUUUGUUGCACAGUUCUCUGCUUCCAGAAAUGCAUUUGCUGCACUCCUCUUUCCUAACCCAUAUAAUUCAACACUGUGCUCUUGUGCUCUCCCGUUCAGUUCAAAAUGUUGCCAACCAACCUCUUCAACACUUGUCUGCAGAAGAAAUUCUGUGGUGUGAUGUUUUUCCUUCUGGUCAUACUGCCAGCAUAGUGUCUGGCAAUGACCCUUCCUUAUGUUGGACAGCAAUGGAGAAAGCUGCUCAGAAUAUAUUGUCAUUAGUGAACGCGGGGUCAUAUGUUACUUUGGAAGAAGAGUGCAUCAAAAGUCUUUUGGACUUACUUGAGAUAGUUUCAAGACUGCAACUGGACAGCCUCUUCCCAUUGGACCACACACGGUGCUUCCUUUUGCUCAUGUCCUUGACUGCCAAUACAAGAGCAAGCAUGGCUUGCAGUGAGGCCUUGUCUUUAAAAUUUUUAGCAACCUGUUUCCACCUUCUAGCAUGUCUGCAAACUGGAAGGCACGCAAAGUCAGCCUUCAAGGUUAUGCAUGGCAGCGAUGUGCUCGAAGCUCUCCUGACCUCCAUGUUUGCAGCCUGUGAGAAUUUUGCCAAUGUCGUGACAGCCAGUCUGUGGGAUGAACUUCUGGGCAGCAUCCAGAUCUUUCUGGAACAUUAUCUUCAGGUUAUUCUGGAAAGGAGGCAGAGUGUGAAACUCAACCUAGAAAAGUUUACGUCUUUCCUGGUAACUUGCCAGACACAUGCCGCCAGUGCUAAACAGUCUGAGGUCCGGGGGCCAGAAGCUGAACAGCUCUUUUUAGUGGCUCUAGCUGCCCUGUGUCACACGCUGACUGUACAUCUCCAACCACGGCAAGGGAAGGUCCAGGCUUUGGGAACUCUGCCAAGUUUGCUCGAACAAGCUGUGCUGCAGACGGGAGCUGCCAUCCAGCUCUGUCUUCGGAACAGGGGGAAAGGCCAACCCUUGCCUUUUGUAUUUGUACCAUGCCUUAUUACCCUCCUCAAAGCGGAUUCCUUCUGUGCCCAUUUGGUGGGCCUUGAGACUGGAGAGAGUGAGUCAGAAAUGUCACCAAAGCCAAGUACAUACCAGUCCCUUUCUCACAAGGAACUUUACCAAAGAUUUUGUGUUCAGAUACUGAGGGAGCUUGACUUGGCAGGUGGCAACGUCCAGUUCCUUCGCUCUGCACUGCAGUUCUUAACUGUCUUCAGCUCCUUGCCAGAGAUGUAUCCUGAGCAGAUUACUUCUGUUGCUGUAUUUCACUCUGUCAGAAAACUACUUGUAGGUCAUGGAGUCACCAUCCAAUUGAUUCAGGAUCUGGAAGCGCAACUGAUGGAACUGAUUGCUCAGCUGGUGGAUAAGUGUUCCACUGAUGACUUCUGCAUCAUGUUGCGGGUGCUACUUGAAGGUUUAGAUGUUGAAAACAUUUGGAAACAAAAUCCUGAAGUAGUAUUAUCGGCAGUUACUCUAAUGAAAGUGUUGCUUGGCUGUCCCUUAAACGGAGAGAAGGAGAAAGCCUUCUGGUAUUCCAGUCCCCAGUUAAUCACUGCUUUAGUUGUGCUAGCCAAAGAGGCUUCUCAGGAUCCAGAACUGCUUCCCACCCUCAUUGUACCUAUACUGGAGACAGUAGCCAUCCUCCUGAGGCAAGGAGAAGGGAUUAUUUCCAACCCUCACCACGUGAGCCUGGUUUUCACCAUUCUUCUGACUGUUCCUCUUGACCAGAGGGACUAUGGCAGCAUCUUUCUAGGAAUUCAUGAGGUUCUCUUUUCCAUAUUGCAGUGUCACCCGAAGGUGAUGUUAAAAGCAGCUCCCUCUUUCUUGAACAGCUUCCACAGACUGGUUAUUUCAGUUAUGCAUGAAGGGAGACAGAAAGGAGACAGAGGGAGAACAGAUGAUUUUGACAUCAUUCUGAAAUGUGCCCAGUUGGUGGAGCGAAUGUAUACUUACAUUGCUGCGAAAACAGAGGAAUUCACUGUAUUAUCUGCCUUCAUUGUGGCACAGUAUGUGAUAGAAUUGCAGAAGGUGACUCUGCACCCACUUGUGAAGAAACAUCUAACUGAGGGAAUUUAUCACAUCUUGGAUCUUUGCCUUGAACGUGACAUGAAGUUCUUAAGCACAUCUCUACCAAUGGGAGUGAGAGAAGUUUUGAAGGAGUUGCAUCGCGAUUACACACACUAUCAUAAAGCUCUGAAGCAAGGGGAUGAAAAAUACACAGCAUGAACAUUUCUUCCAUUUGUUCUGGAGGUUUUUUGAGUGAUAAACAGAUGUUGCUGUAUGGGUUUCUGGUUUGGUCACUUGAGUUAGUGACUGAAAUCCAGAAGCAGCACACAUCUAGACAGGCAUGCAUGGAACUUCUCCUCAGUAUGAGUGACUGAGUCAAACCUAUGCUUUCCUCUGGAUGGCGAGCAGAGCCCUGUACUCCAUUGUCAAUGAGGUAGUUCUGAAAUGUUUAGGGUGUGCCAGGGCAGAAACUGAAACAAAGCCUUCUAGAUAUUUUUGACCUGGAUUUGGCUUUACACUGCCUGGUGACAAGAAUUUGAGAACUCCUUCCUUAUGCCUCUAGAAGAAGGCAGCUCUGCUUUUUUCUUUUUUCUUUUCCUUUUUUUACAGACUGUAUUUGUACAUGCUAAACAACAGGAGAAAGACCAUUUUUGCUUUUAUAUCUACUCCAGAUAGCUCUUUUUGUGCUGCAGUUGUACAGUGCUGUUAACUAUUAAAUCUAAGAGAGCUUUGUUUUUUAAAAAAAUGAGUUGUAUCUCUUCUGCCUUCUAAAUGAAGGGAGGCAAACUCUGUAGGGCCGGGGGCUGUCGAGAUGCAUGGGGACUUUACUCCUGGGGCGAGCCAUGGCCAAAGUAUACUUGAAAGGGAACUGCAAAAGCAUUCUCAUGAUGAUGAAUUAAUAAUUUAUUUAAAAUCUCUUAAAUACAUUUAUGGAAAAUCCAUUAAGUAUUUCAUUUUAUCACAAAUCUAUUCUGAUCAAUUGUACAUCAAUUAGCUUACUAGGGCACCACAGUCUCAGAUAUUGGAAAGAGUAGCAGGAACAGGAGUGACGGUACUUCCAAUAUAGGCUACCGUAGGCUAUAAAUGUGAGUUGAUGGAAGACGGAGCAUAAAAGAGACUUGGAGAGGGCAUGCAUAUAGAACACAUGCCAAGCAAUAAAAUAAGAAGUGUAAUGAUGUGAAGGCAGAGAAGGCGGACUGAAGCAUGAAUAUCAAAAGAUGCUAGAGUUGUAUCAGUUGCAGUUAACUGUUGAGGAAUCAUAUGCAUAAAAAGGCUUUUUUCAACAUCACUCUUUAUUAUGGUCACUGACCAGCAAGAUUAUAAAAAGACAGAACAUACAGAAAACUCCCAUAUGGAGUAUAUGAAUCCUUUUUUCCAAGGUGAUUGCAACAUUUUCUCUCUAGUUCUCAUAGCAAUCAAUAAAGAUUUAGACAUCCUGUCAGUAAUACAAGUGGACACACCCUCUAAACAGGACAGUAACGAAUCUGUAGGGCUACAGUGGAGAGAGACACCUGUUAGUGGAGAGAUUAACUUCAUCAUGCAUUCUGCACUGAAAAAUAACAUGUUCAACUGAUUUGAUUUCUCCAUUUCCAGAAGGACAAGUUCGGUCAUUAAACGGAAUUUCCCUAGGCUGUUUUAAUGGGGUAACAAAAACACAUUAAAACAUUUUUCGGAAUAUAAUUCUAAUAUUUAAUAUGAUGGUUGUACUUGCA